AUGAGAUAUCAACAAUCAAACAGUCUUGGGAAAAUUGAUGAUCCACUUUCCGACAGUCCAGUAACAAAUGGCCAUACAAAUAUUACCGCAGAGAAGAGAAGCACCUUCGAUUCGGUGAAAGAGUAUUUUAUAGACUAUACAACGAACUCUAACCUUCAUGGUUUGAAGUAUAUUGGCGAAAAGCAGCGGACGUUCCUUGAAAAAUUAUUUUGGGUGUUAAUGUUCAUAUCAUGUGUGCUGGUCUGUGGCUCUACCAUAAUGAAACUGUUCAAUAAGUGGGCCGAAAAUCCUGUCAUCGUAAGCUUUGCAGAAACGUCUACACCAGUGUGGCAGAUACCGUACCCCGCCGUGACCCUUUGCAUUGAGACAAAAGCUAAACAGACUAAAUUCAACUUCACAGAAUACUAUCAUCUAUACAGAAAUGAAAGUACAUUUGCAAAUUUAACAGAAGAGGAGCGUAACACGUUUGAAGAUGUCAGCAUGGUCUGUGACGACCACCUCGCGCCAACCAAUGGACGAGAAACCUCAAUGGGCAAUGAAACAAUUGAAAACUUAAGAAGGCUAUCCCCCGACAUGAAUGACAUAUUCCUCGGCUGCAAGUGGAAGGAUGUACCACGGAACAAUUGCGCUGAUGUGUUUUACGAAGUGCUUACUGAAGAAGGAUUUUGCUACACUUUUAAUAGCCUUGGAGCGGACGAACUUUUCAGACUGGAGAACUUGCACAAGGAUUAUAAUUAUAUGGCCUUUGACCACAAAAAUAUAUCUUGGACCUUGGACGGAGGCUAUCCGCCGGACUCACCAUUGGAUUCAUAUCCUUGGAGGGGAUCUGGCUACGGAGCCAAAGCUGGUCUAACAUUCCUUUUAAAAGCGCACGCUAUUGACUUGGAUUAUCUUUGUAAAGGACCCGUACAAGGAUUUAAGAUUCUUUUACACAAUCCAGCCGAGCUACCACGCCUCUCCCAACAAUUCUUCAGAGCACCGCUCUCUCAAGAAGUAAUUGUUGCAGUCAAACCCAAGAUGAUGACUACUUCCGAAGGCUUGAGGUCCUAUGACCCUGAUAGGCGCCAAUGCUAUUUCCCAAGUGAACGGUAUCUGAAAUAUUUUAAAAUUUAUACACAACAAAAUUGUGAGAUGGAGUGUCUUGCAAACUUCACAAAUGCACGAUGUGGGUGCGUUCACUUUGGGAUGCCGCAUGGUCCAAAUAUGGCCACGUGUAACUCUGGAAAAAUGGCGUGUAUAAAAAAGUCGCAAAUGGAACUGGUGACAGUCGAAAUGAAAUCAGGAAUGGCGGGAGAUGACGAAAACGAUACGUUAAUUGGCGAAGCCCGCGAAGUUGCGUUACGCUGUAAAUGUCUGCCUGCGUGCACUUCCAUAGAAUAUGAAGCUGAGACAUCGCAGGCUGAUUAUGAUUGGAAAUCUCUCUUUAGAGCGUACAAACUGCCAAUGAACAAUGACACAGUGGAGGAAGACGCAUUAUUCGCACGAGUGUUCGUGUUUUUCAAAGAAGCUCAGUUCAUAACAUCACGCAGGUCGGAGUUGUAUGGACCAACUGAUUUUCUCGCUAAUUGCGGCGGUUUAUUGGGGCUCUUCAUGGGCUUUUCAAUAUUGAGUGUGGUUGAAAUCAUCUACUUCUUGACUCUAAGGCUGUACUACCUAUUAUGGAAGAAAAAGGAUUCGAAAAUUAACGCUGAUCUUAAUAAUAAACGAUUAGCUUAA